CUGCAAAUUUAAAUAACCUAACCAGUAAAUUAUUCAGGCUCCGACUGGAUUCCAUGCGAUCGCUCAUGUGUGCGACAUGAGAUAAACGCUCUUGAUUUCAGGUUGUUAUUAUUCGGACACCAUCGCCCAUUUGCGUCGCAUUUCAUCCUUCUUCAUCAGCAGCGGUUGUUACAGCCGCAUCAGUACCACUUGUUCGACGCCUUUGGCGGGUCGGAUGGAGUCGGUGUUUGUGCAAUUUAAUUAAACGUAUGGAGCGACAUUUCGUGCGCGACCAGACAUUCACAUCACCGAUAGGAGGUUUGCGACGCGUGUAAAGACGAAGGCGUUUUUCCAUCCCAGUGAAUCAUUUGGUGGACAUAGUCGGCUUUCAUCGUGGCCAAGGAGACGAGGUUAUGAGACAUUGACUAUUGCUGUCUUACCUCUAACCAAUCAGUUUUGAUGGAGAGUUCUCAGCGUGACCAGAAUAGAGAGGCAAAAUUGGAUCUUCCCACUAUUUUGUGCACACAGCCUUAUCCAGAAAGCUGCGUGCAUGUUCAGGAGCAGUGUGAAAUCGAAACAUGUAUUGAAAAUGUCGACGUCUCUGACUUCCUGGACACUGUUUGGCAAAACCGGGAGGAAAAAUUUGAAGACUAUGGUGAAAUGAAGGACUCGGAUUACUCUCCAAGCAGCCCAGUCCAUGAAAAUGAAUCCCAAGCUAAAUGCUUCUCAAAUUUGGGAUCCUCUCGUCCAUCGAGUGGAGGACACGCAACUCAGAAAAUGCGGCAACUGUAUUCCAGUGAACUGCUGGAUAUCAACUGUUCACAGUGCUGCAAGAAAGUGAAUCUGCUCAACGACUUGAAUGCUCGCCUUCAAAACAUCAAGGCAAGCAGCCCCAGCAGAAGUAUAUCCAGCACAGCAUUUGGACACCAGCUGUUCCAGGUCAAUCACAAUGUGCUUGAUUCCAGUCAGGGGAGCAGCACAGAGGAUUUGUUCACAGAAAGUAUUGACUGUGAUCUCAAUAUUACAGAGAAGGUGAGUUAUCUUGAAAAGAAGGUGACUGAGCUGGAGAGCGACAGUCUGGCCAAUGGGCAGCUGAAGUCGAAACUCAAACAGGAAAAUACACAACUUGUCCAUCGUGUGCAUGAACUAGAAGAGCAGAUGAAGGAUGUGGAGACAAAGGCAGAUCAGAGUCUGGAGGAAGAGACGAAGAGGCAUGGCGAAGUUUAUUGCAAGAUGGAGAGGGAAAGAAACGCAGAGAUAAACUUUCUGUGUAACAGGAUACAGCAGUUGGAAGAAGAGAAUGGAGAAAUGAAGACGAAUGUGUACAGACACAAGUCUCAGGCAGAGAAACUGGACCAGGAGAAGCAGAGGAUGAUGGACAAGCUGGAGGACACAAGCCUGAGGCUAAAAGAUGAGAUGGACCUCUAUCGGAAAAUAAUUGACAAACUUUGGCAUAAUCGCCGUGAGUUUCAUAAGGAAAAGGAGGCCAUGCAAGAGCUGAUUGAUGAUCUUCGCAGAGAACUGGACUACUUGCAGCUGUUUAGGAUGGAAAUGGAGCAUCCGGGAAAACACAAGGGCCUCUCUGAGCACAAUACAAAGCCUCGAGAGAUGGAAAUGGAACAGGAAGUCAAAAAAUUGAAACAGGAGAACCAUAAAUUGCGAGAUCAGAACGAUGACUUGAAUGCUCAGAUUCUAAGUCUGAGUUUGUAUGAGGAGAAGAGCCUGUUUUCGUGCCAUUCAAAGGUCCAGUGUCUGGCUGCUGAGAUUGACAAUGCUUCACGGGAUGAGUUGGUCGACGCUUUGAAAGCACACGAGGAGAACAACCUGCGUUUGAGGAAAUACAUGGACAAAAUCAUUUUGGCCAUUAUUGACCAUAAUCCCUCAAUCCUGGAGAUCAAAUGUUAAAAAGAACUCUAGAACGCCUCUAUAUCAGACUAUAUUGAUUAAACAGGAACAGGAUGUGUUCAUGAAACAUGAGUGUAAAUUAUUUUACUGUGAUGUGAUUUGUGCAAAAAAAAAAGAUAUCAUUCAGUCUCUCAAACAGUACCUCCAUACUGUAUGUCAUCAAUUCUGUAGUAAUACUAUUACUAAUCAAAGGCUUAUAGAUUUCCACAAACACUACGAAUACUCAAAAAUGUUUCAUGCUGUUGAAAGGCAAAAUCUUGAUUAUUUAUCACUGUCUUAGUGAACAUUGUAUUUUAGGCAAAAAUUGGUGUAAACACAACAAGAUUUUAUUACUUCUCCAAUUGUGAUCCAAAAUACACAAAAAUGAAAGUAUUUUAAAUGUAAUUCUUUUGUACGAAUAACGUUGUUUGUCUUGUAUUGUCCACAAAUGGAACAAGGAACAGCAAGGGUGAACCAUCCCAGUAGUGGCCGGCCUACACAAAGUACUACAAGAGCACAGCAGCGUCUCAUCCCCGAGGUCACAAAGGAACCAGAACAACUUUGAAACAAUUGCAGGCCUCCCUCACCUCCAUUAAGGUUAUUGAUGGCUCUUUGGAAAAGAUUGGGCAAAAAUGACAUCCAUGGCAGAGUUUCCAAAACCACUUUUGACCCAAAAGAAUAUAAAGGCUUGUCUUUAGAAAGAAAAAAGAAUGUGUAUGAUUCCCAAUAUUUUAGGGAGAAUAGUCUGUGAACCAGGCAUAGCGCCAGGAUUUUUUUCUAAGGAGAAGGGGGCCUUGACUGUUAUGUGGUGGGGGUGAGGGGUCGGGUGGUCUAAGAGAAAAAAUAGAUUUCAUGACUUGAAGGUAUGAUUUCGCCGAAAUUAAAGAUUUGGACCCUACCAUCCAA